GUCCAGCAUAAGAAAUAUCGAUUAUAUCGCCGAUAAAAAGAGACCACUGAGAAAAGAACGAACCAAUUGACAAAGCGCCGAUCCGAAUAAUUCAGAAAUACACUCAUAAAUCGUCACUUGGGCUGAAUAAAUAUAUUACAAGCAAUGGCGGCUAGACUCCCAAGCGCCAUACCACGGCGUCCAAACAUUACCACCAGCAUCCACACUCCUCAACCCUCCAUAUCAAAACCCUCGCACACGCCACUCUCGCACACGCCCUCACGAGCUGCAACCAUCAUCCGCCGACCGCGGCGACCGUACACGUUCACCCAGCUCGUCCAGCAAACAGACGGAUCGACGUACACGCAUCGCACGACGUCGCCGCUCGCGCUAUACAAGAGCACCAAGGACACGCGCAACCACAUCCUAUGGCAGCCUUCCGACAGCUCCCUGCGCAACGUCGAGGUCGAUGAGGCCGGUAAGCUGGCUGCUUUCCGCGGCAGGUUCGGACGCGGAUGGGAUAUCGAGGCGGCGCGGGAGGAGGGCGCCGAUGCUGAUGCUGCUACUGCGGAGGGUGGUGAAGGUACCGAGGGAGUUGUGGCAAAACUAGCUGCCGCAGCUAAGAAGACGAGCAAGAGUGACCCCGUGGAUGAGCGCUACGAUGCACUAAGCGAUUUGAUCUCGAAUUACUCGACCAACCAGGAUCAGAUUAAAGAGCCGACUAGGCCGGCCAAACAGUCGGGAAAGAAGAAAUAGGGACGGGGAUUAUAGACAAGUGAAAUGGAAACCUGAGCCCACCGACAUUCUAGAGGACGACCUACUCUGUUAUCUACGGAGCUGAAAGGCGGAACGAAAGAAUCCCGAAAUGCUAUGCCGAGAUGGGAGCUUGCUUGGGGUAUAUAAUAGCUUGGAAUGCUAACAUUU